CGGGGCUGAGGCACAUUCCUGCACUGCAAGGCUUUCUGUUAAGGAUGUUUUGUGGCUUUUGUUUGGAUUGCAGCAUGCAGAAUUACAGCUGUUCAGAGGAGCCUCAUUACAACUCCUGCUGAAGCUCCUAAUCUUCCUCCCUUCUCUUCUGCCCCUACCCCCUACCCUCAUUGGCCUGAAGACAUUGUACCCAGAGUUUGCCUUACUCCCUUGGUGCUAUGUGUAUGGUAAACCUGGUACUAUGGCCGCAUCUGGGACUGGCCAGACAACUGCUGCUGGUUCUCCCUAUUCCAAGAAGGAUUUAAAGGGGAAUUGUACUGCAGGCAGUGCACCAGAGCAGCAUCAGGAGCUUGGGGACUAAGGCUCGUCUGGCAUUAUUACAGACCCACACAGCUGACCGCAAUGACUGCAGCUGCUCCUCUGAACUGUUGGCAGCAGCCAAGCGGCAGCAUGAAGUGAGAGAUCACUCCCGAGCUCAAGAUGAACUCUACCUUGGAUGGUAAUCAGAGCAGCCACCCUUUUUGCCUCUUGACAUUUGGCAAUUUGGAAACUGUCGAUUUUUGCCUUUUGGAAGUAUUGAUUAUUGUCUUUCUCACUGUAUUGAUUAUUUCUGGCAACAUCAUUGUGAUUUUUGUAUUUCACUGUGCACCUUUGUUGAACCAUCAUACUACAAGUUAUUUUAUUCAGACUAUGGCAUAUGCUGACCUGUUGGUUGGGGUCAGCUGCCUGGUCCCUUCUUUAUCACUCCUCCACUACCCCCUUCCAGUGGAGGAGUCUUUGACUUGCCAGGUAUUCGGUUUUGUAGUAUCUGUUCUGAAGAGUGUCUCCAUGGCCUCUCUGGCCUGUAUCAGCAUCGAUAGAUAUAUUGCCAUCACUAAACCUUUAACCUAUAAUACCCUGGUUACGCCUUGGAGACUACGUGUUUGUAUUUUCCUGAUUUGGCUAUAUUCCACCCUGGUCUUCCUGCCUUCCUUUUUCCACUGGGGCAAACCUGGAUAUCAUGGAGAUGUGUUUCAGUGGUGUGCAGAGUCCUGGCACACCGACCCCUACUUCACCCUCUUCAUCGUGGUGAUGUUGUAUGCCCCGGCAGCCCUUAUUGUGUGCUUCACCUAUUUCAACAUCUUCCGCAUCUGCCAACAGCACACAAAGGAGAUCAGCGAAAGGCAAGCCCGCUUCAGCAGCCAGAGUGGGGAGACUGGGGAGGUACAGACCUGUCCCGAUAAGCGCUAUGCCAUGGUCCUGUUCCGAAUUACUAGUGUAUUUUACAUCCUCUGGUUGCCAUACAUCAUCUACUUCUUAUUGGAGAGCUCCACUGGCCACAGCAACCGCUUCGCCUCCUUCUUGACCACCUGGCUUGCUAUUAGUAACAGUUUCUGCAACUGUGUCAUUUAUAGUCUCUCCAACAGUGUCUUCCAAAGGGGACUAAAGCGCCUCUCAGGGGCCAUGUGUACUUCUUGUGCAAGUCAGACCAUAGCUAAGGACCCUUACACAGUUAGGAGCAAAGACCCCCUUAAUGGAUGUCAUAUCUGAAGUGGUUCAGACACUGAGUCACUGUGGGGUGUGUGUGUGUGGGUGUGUGUGUUU